UCUGUAUCAGAAAAACCGCAAAUGAAGAAUCCACAAGACGUUCCUGUUAAAUCGACUUCGGCACAUAUUAAAAAAUCAUCUCCAAAGAAAAAAGUCGUCGUCGAUGAUAAGGAAAAGGACGCAGUCGGACCCCAGCCAAGAUCAAGUACGAAAAAGCAUAGAUCUAAGUCGGGAAUUCCGAAGGAACCUUCUAAAAAUUCAUGCUCGUCGAAAAGACCAAACGUUUUCGACGACAAUGGGUCUUCUAAGAGACCUAAACACUCGAGCACUGUCGUGUUACGCCCCAGUGCGGAUGGGUUUGAAAAAACAAUAAUCCCAAAGGCCAUUUCUUCAGCGUCAGAUUCGGUAAAUGAAUCGCAGACCUCGCAAGAUUACAAAAACGAUUAUAAUGGGCUUUCCUCUAGCUCAGCUCGACCUACUGACCAGCGUAAAAAUCAGCCCAAAAAGAAAAGCUCGAACACAAUCUUUGAGGGAAAACCGUCUAAGAAAGUUGUUUACUCGAGCGCCGUCGAGUACCACUCGGCUUCUGAUAAUAAAUCCGAUGGCAAAAUCAUGUUGAAAAUCACAAAAAAACCUUCUUCCGAUAAAUAAUUUCUAAUUUCU